AAAUAUUAAAAAUAAAAACAAUGUGAUAGCCAAUCAGAAUAGUCAAAUCCAAUUAUAAGAAGCCAAAGAGAAGAAUAAAUUUCAUUUGUUUAUCAGCAUUGUGCCAGAAAUCAAAGGAGAAAAACACUCACACAUGUGACGAUAUUUGGCGAAUUAAGUUAAAUCGUAGAGCUUUAUUUUCCCAGAAACCUUGUGUACCUCAUUAGGUAAUUUUAGAGUGUGACACACAAAUUAUUUUGUGGUUAACCCUCCACAAACAAUGGUGUCCACUUCAGUGAUAGCAGAAUUGUGUAUUUAUAUUGUGACCUGGAAUGUGGGUACAAAUUAUCCCGGAGAUGUUGGCUUUAGCGAUAUGUUGUCCCUGAAUGGUACCUCUCUCUGCCCCGGAGAACAAAAUCGUCCCGAUAUCUAUGUUUUGGGAUUCCAAGAAGUCAAUAUCAAGCCGAAACAUCAAAUUUUGAAUAUCUUUCAGGACAAUCAAUGGACUCUCAAGGUACGUGAAUUCCUGUCCCAAAGAGAUUAUGUGAAAAUUGAAACUGCCCAACUACAAGGUAUAUUGUUGAAUGUCUGGGCCCUGGGCAAACAUAUUGAUAAUAUGAAUGAUAUUGAAACUGAAACCACCAAAACCGGCCUAGGUGGCUUGUGGGGCAAUAAGGGGGCUGUAAGCGUGCGUAUGUCGCUGUAUGGCAGUGGCGUUACCUUUGUGAAUUCCCAUUUAGCGGCUCAUGAUGAAAAUCUCAAGGAGCGUGUCAUUGAUUACAAUCAAAUUCUGGACAAUCAUCGUUAUAAAGUACGCAAAUACAAUACCAUAUUUGAUCAUGAUUUUGUUUUCUGGUUGGGAGAUUUGAAUUUCCGUUUGAAUGGUAACGAUUCACCUGAGGAUGUAAAAACCGCUGUAGAACAGGGUAAUUUGGAUGACUUAUUCACCAGAGAUCAAUUACAAAUGGUCCGAGAAGCAGGUAAUGCAUUUUCCCUGCUGAAUGAGCAGAAGCCUACAUUCCGUCCCACCUUCAAAUACGUCGAGGGCACCUCAGAUUAUGAUUUAAAGAGACGUCCUGCCUGGUGUGAUCGCAUUUUGUACAGAGUACAAGAAGACAAAUAUCCCGAUAUCAAAUUAGAAUUGCAACAGCUAUCCUAUAAAUCACAUCCUCAAUAUACUUUGUCGGAUCAUAAGCCGGUUACAGCUGAAUUUAAGCUUUCUAUAAAGGCGGAACAUCACACCAGCGAAGAUAUUUAUGAAAUGACCCAUGGUGGAUCAUCAUCGGAAACGCCUUUAUCAAGUUUUAUUUGGUAGAUUACUUUUUGGAAAACAUUUUGCAAUACAUUUUUGUCAAGUCUUAACUACAACAAAAAAAAACACAUAUAUUGUGAUUAUUUAGUAUGUUGAAGCUGUAUCACACACCAUUUAUGUUUUUUUUAUUGAUAUUGAAAAUAGUCUACAAAUUGUACAGGCGUGAGUUUGUGUAUUAAAACACUAAUCACGUUUUCUUAUUGCAAUAUUAUGUUAUGAAGUCCCAUAAAUAAUACAUUAUUUAUUUAAGGGCAUAAUAAAAAAAAUCACCUAAGUUACAUAAGGCAAAAUGAAGUGAGACUCUUUGGCCCUGUUUUUGUUAUCUGCUAUAUUUUAAUUUUUAAUACUGAAAAACCAGCUUGUACAGAAUGUGGAUUAUUUUCUUUUAAAUUUUAUUUUGUUCCACUCAUUUCACCUUUCGCUAUAUCUGCUUAUUUACCAAACAUAUCUAACAUUGGCAUAUCAUUUUUUCCAUCACACCUAUACUAACUUAUAAAGUUUAAUAAGACUUUUAACAAUACUCUUUUUCUAAGUACCUAUACUUUCAUAUUUAUAAGUAUGUGUUGAGUUUUUUUGUUAAGCUUUUUCCUCCUUUCAAUUAUUGAAAACGCAAAAUCCAUAUAUAAAUCACUAGGCUUUUCCAAAGGAAUCCUAACAAAACAAGGCCAUCAUAAUGAAAACUUUCAUCGAAAAUUUGUGUAUCUCAAUUAUUUUUAUUUCUGCUCUUUUUAUGUUUGCAGUGGGAUGCAUAAAUGAUUCUGGAGAAAGUUCCAUUAAGGAUGGUCACUUAAGGAUUUAGAAUCUCAAGGAUAUACAAAAAUGGAUUCCACUUUAAAAUAUUAAUCUAAUAAUUUUAACGUAAAAUUACCAAAAUUCUAUUUUACCAAAAUUCUAGUUUACUAAAAAACAAAAAAUUCCCAAAUAAACUUUACACAUACUUAUUAUAGUAAAACUAUAACAAAAUCUCAGUAGCUAUUCAUUUGUAAGCUUAGUUUACAAUUUCAUGUUAACCAUACCCAUUUUGUUUCUUUUUGCCUUCGUGUAAUCCAUAAAUCCCAUCCUAUAUAUAACAAAUUACAUGCUAAAAGUUGUACUUUUGUCCCGGUGCUGAUUACUGCUUCCUACUUUCAAGAAGUUUCACCUAAAAUCUGUUUAGAAAUCCACCUCUUAUUGGGUAAUUCAAACAAAAUGCCUAAAUUUUGUGUCAAAUCCAGUAAUUCUAAAUUACUAAUGUACAAUAUAUGUAGAUAUACUCGUGUACUGUGUCAAUCAUUGAAGCCAUUAUUGUUAAAAAUAAAUAACAAUCGUCAGGCAACUUGUAAUUGAAUGUGAUGCAAGCAAUGUAUAUUAUUUCUGUGUAUCAAAAAUAUGCAUAUACCUAAAUAUAUAUUUUAUUAAUCGUUAUAAUGUUAUUGUCACUUCAUAAAACAAAUAAAAAUAAAAUUAUAAAUAUUUACAAAUA